AUGAAUCAAAAUUUGAAUUCUUCUAAUUCUUAUAAUAAUGAUAAUUCAAUAAUAAAUUCAUCAAAUUCAUCAAAUUCAGUUGUAAACGAUAGAAAAAAUUCUGAUCCAAAUACAAAAUUAACAAAUUUUUUUAAAAAUGAUUAUACAAAUAACUCAACUUCUCCAAAUUCAUUAAUCCCUAAUAUUCAAGGUAAAUCAAUUACAAAAUUAACAAAUAAACAUACAACAUCAUCAAAUAAUGUUAAAAAAUCAAAAAGAUCAACUACAUCAAGAGCUUGUGAUGCUUGUGCAAUAAGAAAAGUAAAAUGUGAUCCAAAUACUCCUUGUAAUCAUUGUGAAAUUAAUAAUUUAAUUUGUACAAGAAAUAGACAAAGAAAAAAAUCAGGUCCAAAAUCUUUAGCUAAAAAGACUUUAGAUUCAAUAAAUAAUUUAAGUGAAGUUAUUGAAUUAAAUUCAAAUAAGAAAUCAGAUUCAUUAAAUAUACCAAGCCACGCUGUGUCUAAAAGUCCAAGUUUUAUAGAGGAUGAACAACAAAGUAGUAAUCAAUCAAGUCCUCCUGUAAGUCAUAAAUCAUCUAUAGUUCAAUCUAUAACUCCUAAUAAUGAUAUACAAUCAAAUCAAAUACAAGAAUCCCCUGAAGUUAUACUACCUGUUACAACAAUACAAGAGUCUUUGACUCCUAAUAACUCAUCUGAAGAUUAUUUAGUAACACCUGCUCAUUUGAUUGAGAAUCUACGAUUAUUAGGUGAUGAACCAUGUAUAUUUGAAUUAGUUAAACCAUUAACUGUUGAUUCUAUUUUAUUGAACUAUUCAAAAUUAAUUCAAUUUUUAGAAAUAAAUUAUCCAGACUCCACCACCACAAACAAUCCAUACACCAGUGAAAUAAAUUUAGUUAAAUAUCAUGAAAAUUCAUUAUUUUUAUCACAACUACUUAUAAUUAUAACAUUAAAUCAAAUAAUAGCAGAAAUGUUAAUAAAAUUAAAAAAGCAAAAAUUUAAAAAUUUUAAAAAUUAUUCUAAAAAGAAUUUAAUGUUUAGACCAUUUAAAAAUUUUAAAAAUUUAUGUCAUUUUAAAGUUCUUGAAAUUUUAACAUUAAUUGAAAAAAAUUUUAUUGUACCACCCAUAAUCCCCAAGAUGAGAUCAGAUAAAACAAAUCAAUUUUGUCAUUUAAAUCAAUAUCAAAUUUAUUUUAAUUUAUCUUUGUCAAAUAUACAAUUAAGUAAUUAUUAUAAUAUUUUAAAUUUAACAAAUAGUUUAAAUUCAACAAAUGAUUUAAAUAAUUCUUAUGGUAAUGAAGCUCAAGAACAUCAAAAGAUUCUUUAUUUAAAUAAAGCUAUUAGCUUUUUUCAAUUGAUUAAUUUAAAAGAUACUGAUCCAAUCAAGCCAUUUAAGGAGUUAUAUGAAUUAAUAUUUAUAUUUGAAAGAUAUUAUAUAAUUUUUAGUUCAUUUUCUUAUGGUUGGAACAUUUUUAGAAAUAAUGACAUGAUAUUGAAAUUAACAAAUUCAUCUUUGGGAGCUGAAAAUAGUUCAUUUUUAUUCAAAUUGUUAAAAUUUAUUGAUGAUGAAAAAUUAAUUGAAGAUAUUUGUAAAAAUUCAAAUUUUAAUAUAACUUUAAAUUAUCAAAAUGAAGAUUCCAAAUACUAUGUUAUAAAAAAUAAUCUCCUAGAAUUAUUAAAACAAACAUCAGAAUCAAUUGAAAAAUUAUUAAUUCAAAUCUUAUUAUUUAAAAUAUUAUUAAUUAAUCCAUUAAAUUUUGAAAAUUGUAAAAAAGAAAUAUAUGAAAUUUUAUUUUCAAUAAGUAUCGAAUUAGAAAAUUCAAAUAAUGAUUUAUUUAAAAUUAAAAUUUCAAAUUAUCAAGUUUUACAACCUUUAUUACAUAUUUUAAAAAUCUUUUUGGAAAUAAAACAAAAAGAAGUUAAAUUAAAUCUUGGUAUGAAUUUAAAAGAUCAAAAUUUAUUAGUUAGAUAUAGUGAAUUAUUAAUAUUACAUUUACCAUUUUUUAAUAAUAUUAAUAAAUUAAUUAGAUCUCAUAAAAUUUUAAAUAAUUGGUUCUUGAUGUUAAGUGAGAUUAAGAAAGAUAAAGAUGAUCAACCAGAAUCGCCACAACAACAACAACAAUCUCCACAACAGCAACUACAACCACAACCGGUACAACAAUUUCAACCAUAUCAACAACAAAUCCUACAACAACCUCAAACUCCAAUAACAAAUUUACCAUUACAUACAGGUAUAACCCCAGAACAACCACAAAAUUUUAAUAAUAAUGAUCAAUUAUCUUUUACAAAUUUAAAUAAUCAAUUUCAACUGAUGCAUCAAAAAAUUGCUUCACAAAUUGAUAUAAAUGAAUUAUUAAAAGAUUUUAAUGUUUCAAAAUUUAAUGAUGAUUCAAAUUCAAAUUCAAAUCAAAAUUUAAUUAAUCUUACACCUAUAAUUCAAUAUAAACCAGAUGAUGAAGAUGAAGAGGAAGAAGAAUUGGAAGAGAAAAACGAAAAUGAUAAAAAUAAGGAAGUUAAUGACGAAUCCGCAAACAGAAGUAAUCUAGAAGAAGAAGAAGAAGAAAAUGAUUUUUUUAGUAUAAGACCUAAAAAUGAACAUGGUCAUAAAUUUAUAAAUUCAAAUAAUUUAAUUCAACAAUCAAUUCAACAAAAAAAAAUAAAUUCACAAUUUCAACAAUAUCCAAUAACCACAAAUUCUAAUUCUAACUUGAAUCAAAAUUUCACAAUACCACCAAAUCAAUCAUCAUCAAUUAUAAAUUUAAAUAAUUUAAAUAAUGCAAGUACAAGAUCUUUUUUAAGUUUAUUAAAUGCUGCUAAUUAUAUUGAAGAUGAAGAAAAUAAUAAUAAUAAUUUUAAUUUAAAUCAAACUAUUUCUAAUAAUGAAGUUAAUUAUAAUGCUAAUAAGAAUAAUGGUAAUAAACCAAUUGGUGAUUCUUCAUUUUUUAAUUUGAAUAAUUUAGGAUAA